AAAUAAAAACAACUCAAACGGUUCUAGAGCUAUCGCGAAGCAGCAGACAUCCGAAGUUCCUUCAUCAUUAUAAAUUCUCCUUCCUCUAAACUAUACCAUUUCUUCACACCCAAUAGAAAAACCCUAACACAAAAAAACUAAAAUCAAAAUCUGCAAAAAAGGAAACAGUAAUGGCAGAGCACUUAGCAUCGAUUUUUGGUACAGAGAAAGACAGAGUGAAUUGUCCAUUUUACUUCAAAAUUGGUGCAUGUAGACAUGGCGAUCGUUGUUCUAGGCUUCAUACAAAACCUAGUAUUAGUCCAACGCUUUUACUUUCUAAUAUGUAUCAAAGGCCUGAUAUGAUUACUCCUGGUGUUGAUUUACAUGGUCAACCUAUUGAUCCCAGAAAAAUGCAGCAACAUUUUGAGGAUUUUUAUGAAGAUCUAUUUGAAGAACUGAACAAAUAUGGAGAGAUUGAGAGUUUGAACAUUUGUGACAAUCUGGCGGACCACAUGGUUGGCAAUGUUUAUGUUGAGUUUAGAGAGGAGGAACAGGCUGCAAAUGCUCUUAAAAAUCUUACCGGAAGAUUUUAUGCUGGGAGGCCCAUCAUUGUUGACUUCUCUCCUGUAACUGAUUUUCGUGAAGCCACCUGUAGACAGUAUGAAGAGAAUAGCUGCAAUCGUGGUGGAUAUUGCAACUUUAUGCACCUAAAGAGGAUUAGCAGGGAGUUGAGACACCAUUUGUUUGGGAGGUAUAGGAGAAGGCACAGCCGAAGCCGAAGUCGAAGUCCUUACAGGCAUCGUAGCCAUGAAGUGUGCUCUCACAGGAGUCAUAGUAGAAAAUAUGAUGAUAGAGAUUAUUAUCAUGAGAGUCGGAGCAGGAGGCAUACCACUAGUCCAGGCCAUAGAAGGGGUAGGAGCCGGAGCCCUCGUGGCAGGAGGGAUCGAAGUCCAUCUAGGGAUAGUAGUGAAGAGAGACGUGCAAGAAUUGAGCAGUGGAACAGGGAAAAAGAAGAGGCAGAACAUACCAACAGGACUAAUGCAGAUGAUACUAAUUACAACAACAAAAAUUAUGAGAUGGGAUAUGCACAAAAUGGAGAUGGAUAUAAUGAUCAGCAGCCACCACGACAGGAUGGAUAUGGAUACUAAUGAGUGUAUCCUAUAGAGGUUUGUUUCCUUUCCUUUAUUCUUGAUGUUUCAAUUUUCUCCGGAAGUCAUUGUCUUCUAAGGAAGGUCACUUGCCCUGAGAUAUACCUUACUACCAUCUUCCACUGUGCAGGUGGUGCAGGUUUUCAAUCUGUGCUAUUCAAUGUGAACUUUCAACCCUUUAUUAUGCUUUUGUGACUUUUGCAUGUUUUCGUGUGCAUCAUGCAUUUUGCACUGUCAUAUCAUUACCCUUGUAACCGUUCUACUAUAUUUUCUUCUCCUUCUAGAACUUUGUUUUGGUCAUCCUUCUUUCAGUUUGCUUCUCUCCCUGUUAUGAAACUCGUUGCUUGUUCAUGUGUUUUCAACAAACUUGACCUUUCUUUCCCAUGAGAAUUAUACCUGCUUUAUGUCUUUUUGGCUACUAAGAUUUUUCUGGGAGUUUGUGAGUAGUGUGAGGUCAGUAAGGAUCUAGCAUUUUUGAUAUGACAUUUAGUGAUAUAUGGAUCAAAUUUCCUCAAAAUUCAGUAAUAUUUCUGGCCCAUUCAGAUUCUCACCGUCUAUCUUCAUUAUGUCAUGGGAAGAUGAUCUAUAUAGUGUUAACAGAAAAAGCAUUUUAAAUUACUGAGAUUGGUAUAAGCAUAUUAAGCAAAUUGUACUUCAUAAUUUACUGGUCAUUACUAAGCAUAAUUUUCAAAAUACAGUCAAAUAUACAUGAAUGAUAAUGCUCCCUAUGUUUGAGAAUUUGGUUGUAGGUUCUUUGGGCGGCGUAUCACUUCUAUGUGUGGUCAUUCUACUUGAACGUUUUUAAGUAAAUCAGCAACUUGAUGAUUCACUAGUGUUAGGGGUGUUUGGAUUGACUUUUUUGAAGUAGUUUUUUGGAACGUCCAAAUCCACCAAGCCAAAUGACAGGUGUACGCGGGGCUUGCAAUAUAAUUACCCAACUUAAUGAGGCGGGGUCGAUCCCACAACCCAACUAGUGUGUUAAUUUGCUAAUUGCUUGCAUACUUCAACUUUGAAUUCAGAUCAAGUAAGAGAGACCUUGGGGAUGUGCUAGUAUUCGACCUAAGUAUUUGCAAUUUAGCCUUAAACCUUACAACAACAACAACAACAACAACAAACCCAGUGUAUUCCCACUUAGUGGGGUCUGGGGGGAUAAGAUGUACGCAGUCCAUACCUCUACCUCUGAUGAAGUAGAAAGUCCAUACCUCUACUUGCAAUUUAGCCUUAAACCUUGCUUCAACAUUAACCAUUAUCAUGGGUAGGCUUGGUUCACACUAUAUUAACAAUUUCUCAAUCUAUUAAUAUAUUUCACCUUGGGUUUUCUCAGACCCCAAUGUGUGAACAAUUUCAACCAACCAAAUACCUCAAAGUUAGUUGCUCUAUUUCUACAAUAACUCUUGUGGAUUGUAACUAAGCAAUUGUCAACUUCGAAUUCAGAUCAAGUAAGAGAGACCUUGGGUAUGUCUUAGUUUCGACCUAGGUAUUUGCAAUUUAGCCUUAAACCUUGCUUCAACAUUAAUUAUUAUCAUGGGUAGGCUUGGUUCACACUAUCUUAACAAUUUAUCCAUCUAUUAAUAUAUUUCACCUUGGGUUUCUCAAACCCCAAGGUGUGAACAAUUUCAACCAUCCAAAUACCUCAAGUUAGUUGCUCUAUUUCUAGUAACAACUCUUAAUUGAAUAAAAUUCAAGUCCUUGUUAACUAAUUUCUCUCAAAUCCUUACCCAAUUUCUCAAGCAAGAUAAGAGAUUGAAAGUUAGUUAGAGUUUGCAAUCUCUAAUAUUAAUUAAAACAUGAAGAAUAGCUAAAUCCAUAUCAAAUAAUCAAUAAUCAAAGCAAAUAAUUAGGACCCAUUCACAAAUUUUGAUCCAAAAUUACACACCCCUAAGAUUGGGGUUUUAGCUACUCAUGAGGAAAGGGAAAAAGCAUAUACCCAAACUAUCAUGCUCCAAAUUUGCCAUGGAUGAAGUUUUAUCCUCAAACCCAAACUUUGAAUCCUUACAAAAUUCACAAUUUAGAUGAAAUACUUCAAGCAAAAGUGAAAUUGGAAUGUUCUUAGCUCAAGACACUGAAAACUAACUGUAGAAUCUUUUUCAAACCCUAAGAAAUCAGUUUUCAAUCCCCCCAGAUUUGGCUCAAAAAAAAUGGACAAAAUACCCCCCAUGCUGGCCAAGUGUGGCCGCACACUUACCACAUAUACCAGUGUGCGCUCGCACAUGAAACGCACAAUUCAGUCAGUUGCUAGAUGUCAAGAGUGGAAGUGCGGUUCAGAUGUUCUUCAAGUGCGGGUGCACUUUGGAUUGUGCGGCUGCAUUUCCUUGGAUUUCUUUACAGUAUCUUCGGCCUCUGGAGUGGAUGUGCACUUGGCCCAUUGAAAGUGCGUCCGCAUAUUGGAAUGUGGCUUGCAUUCUCUUGCAGAUUGUUUUGUUCACUCUUCAAUUCUUUGGUCCAAAUCCUUGUUUAUCAUUAAAUCUCUUGAAUGUCUGCAAGUAUGAACUAAAGUACCAACUUGUCAAACCCCCAAACUAAACUAUUGCUUGUCUUCAAGCAAACAUAGACAUUCCUAUCACUGCAAGGGAUUGACUCGAUCAUGAACAAUAAAAAGACUACACCGACUCAAACAAAUGCACUUAAUUCAAUUGGUAUCCACCACAGCUUAAGCAGAUGAACAGUUCACAUUCUUUUCAGAAGGCUUCUUUUCAUCAGAAGUGGAAUGAAAUCACAAUCAAAAUCAAAGCCGCUUCGCUUUUCAUGUCUUGACUUACCUCAAACUCACUUUGCAAUUUAUCUCACUCAUCCCCCCUAAUUGAGGGUAAGACUUCACUACUCAAGGCUGAGGUGCCACUCACAAGCAAGAGAUGAGCCUGUUCUCACACAAUGUAUUUCAAAACCAAAAAAAUAGGAAGAAUUUACUCUCUCCCUCUCUCUCCCACAAAAGAAGUCUUAGUGCAUACGAAUAGAACCAUAGACUUGUCCUUCAUGUAGUUCGCCACUAAUGUAGACACACAAGGUUCAAAAUCCACGUAGGACUUACGGGUAUUAAUGAAGGCUUAGGUAAAUGAAGGAAAGAAUGUGGGUUAAGUGACUCAAGACCUUCCUAAAAGCUAUCAUGCAAUCAUUUUAAAGCAUAUUUCCUUCAUAUUUUUCCACCUUAUUCUCCUUUUCAGACAUUACUUGGUUUUCCCUUUUUUUUUUUUUCUUAUAAAUUAUUUCUCCUCACAGAUGUGUCCACUUUUUCACAUUUCUAAGGAAGGAUACAUUAACUUCUUUUCUCAUCUCUCUACAACACUCUUCUAUCUUGUUGAGGCACAUUAAGCAUACGCUAUUCACUUAAUAAAUCAUGAUCCCUCAACUUCGGCUUUUGGCCUAAUUUUCAGACUUCCAAAAUUUGCACCCCCUAACUUAGGCGCCUAGCCCACACUUUCUCAACCCAUUCCCCCCUUCCCCCCCAAAAAAGAAAAAUAAUAAUAAUAAACUUAGGCAUUUAGCCUACAUUUUAAAUGCGAAGGUUGGGUGCCAAAUUAAUGAACUGAACAUAUAAUUUCUUAGAAGUACAAUACAAUAUUAAGUUUAGCUUUUCAAGCUCUGUAUCAUUUUAUAUAGUGGUAUUUUGACUUGCUCAUGGAGUUUAAGAAAGAUAAAAUGACGUCAACUUCUAUGGUUGUAAUAAUAUGUCAUUUAGGGUAUAAUGUGAAGUUUAUAGUUAAAGAUCUUCAGAGUAUAGGACAAGUACUUCUCUUUUUGAACUAGAUUAAAUAUGAAAUUGACAUAUUAAAUGGAACAGAGAGAGACAUUUGUAACACUUUGCCAUGAUUGUUAAGACUUCCAAAUUAAAUUAUCGUUGGUAUUGUACAACAACUACACCAUAGGUCCAGACAACUUGGGGUCGGUAUAUGAAUUCCCUUAAUGAUCAUGUUUUUCCAUUUAAUUCAUCAUUGACAUUGGUAUUGUUUUUCAUCGAGUUUAUUCAGUUUUGUGCCAACUGUAUGCAUCUUAAUGUUCUCUUUCUUAGGUGUUUUUCUUUGUUAUAUCAACCCAAAUGUUUCUGUUCCUUAAAUGGUGGUUGUCCUGUCAUUUUGUUUGUGGGGUCUGUUUAAGAAUGACUUGUAAUGAGAACAGCAUUAAUGGACCUUUUUAUCUUGCAAAUGUUGUUAUUCAUGUAUUUAGGUUCUUUGACCCGCUAGAGCACAUCCAGGCUAGUAGUUUUCCAACUGUUCUUUGUUUUGGAGUUAUUGUUUAUGGAAGCAAGGCUUACAGGUUUAAUGAGUUUUGCAGGUCCAGGUUCCCUGCAUAUAAGGACUACGAGCGUGAUUUUAAUUAGGGCUUACCAUGAACUGUGUUUUAACAGGUGGUUGGAGCUAACUCAAGAUUUGUCCCAACAGGUUUGGUUCGACUUAAGGGAUUUGCAGGAACGAGUUGGAAGAACUUCUAAAAAGCUUCUGUGUCAAAUGAGAUGGCAUUACUAAGUUUUUGUUGUGUGUUUGGAGUAAUGCAGCUUAGGAAUAGGUUGGUAUAUGAUUCAUGUUUUAGGUAUAACCUUGCAUAGGACUUGGUGAACUUGUUCUGUCCAUAUGACUUGGUAUGUGUGAGAUCGGUCAAUUUUCUGGAGAUUUACUCGAUGCUUUAGGCAACUUAUGGUCUGUAACUUCUUUUUGAAGAGUAUCUUGAUUAGACAUUUUAUCUUUUCUUUUUCACUAUACAUGUUCAUUUUCGGGUUGAA